AUGGACCCUCUCAAGUACUUAUUUGAGAAAUCGGCUCUCACCGGGAGGAUGGCACGAUGGCUACUGAUGUUAGCAGAAUUUGAAUUAAAGUAUGUUACCAGGAAGUCCAUAAAAAGAAGAGCUGUUGCAGAAUUCUUAGCCGAUUGCCCAGUCGAAGGAGGUGAAGAUGCUGAAUUUAAGUUCCCUGACGAAGACAUAAUGACUUUAGCUGAAGAUGUUUGGAAGUUGUACUUUGAUGCCACUGCUAAUCAGAAAGGGUUUGGAAUCGGCGUGUCACUAAUAGCACCUGACGGAUCUCACAUUCCGCUUGCGUUCAAGCUGAAUUUUGAGGUCACCAACAAUCAAGUGGAAUAUGAGGCUUGCAUUGUGGGUAUGGAAGCAACAAUUGAGAUUGGUAUAGAGAAAGUGGAAGUGGUAGGAGAUUCCAACCUGGUAGUGUCACAAGCCAAUGGUGAUUGGAAAGUCAAAGAAGAAAAGCUAAAGCCUUACCAUCAAGAUCUUGAGGAUCUCAUCCCUUACUUCAACAAAGUAACCUUUACUCAUGUACCGAGGCUCAAGAAUCAAUUUGCGGAUGUGUUAGCAACGUUGGCAUCCAUGGUCGAAAUUCUUGUUGGUGUGAAGCUAAGGCCAAUAGUGAUCAAACAAAGGGAUACGCCAGUAUACCAACAUGUCAUGGCCGUUGAUGAGUCUGAUGAUGGUCACCCUUGGUAUUAUGACAUUUGGAGAUUUGUGGAGAAAGGAGAAUACCCCAUUGGAGCAAGCAAGAAAGAUAGAGUCGCUCUUCAGAGAAUGGCAGCUCAGUACAUCAUUUGCGGAGGAAAUCUAUACCGGAGGUCGCACUGCCGUAUGCACAAGAUAUGCAUCCAUGGUGUAGAGACAAAAAGGGUAAUGGAAGAAAUCCAUGAAGGUGUGUGUGGUCCUCACAUGAACGGCAUGAUGCUCGCCAAGAAAAUUCUUAAGCAAGGAUACUUUUGGACCACCAUGGAAACAGAAUGUGUGGAAUACGUACGGCGAUGA